AUGUUGACCCGAAGCGCCUCAAGGGCCAGGGCCAGCUCGAGGUCUCUGCACCCGGGUGAGGCCGCCAUGGCCGUUGCUGCCGUUCGUCAGCCUCGCCGUGGCAUGAGCUUCGACACAUGCAACUCCCAGGAUGCAGACACUGCCAGUGACGCCAACCGUGCCCAGCGCAGUGCUCACUACCGCUGUCUGGAGACGUUGAGCCACCAAAGGGCCUGGAGCUCUAACCCCGAUGCUGAACGUGCUAGGGAGAGCAUGGAGAAGGCCAUGGCCAGCUCCAUGAACACCCCCCGUACCCCUCGCAGGCGCAACACAUACGUCGACGUUGAUCACAUCAGGUCGCUGUCCGACGCUGACCCUGCCGUCAACCCCAGUUUUCAGAACAAGUACCAGCAGGAGCUGUGGACCGGCCCUAAGACUUCCUCCAAGGAGGUUACCGCUGAGGACGUACUUCAUGCCACCACUUCCGGCUACAUCGAGGAAUCGUACAUUGACCCCAUCACCAACCGCCGGGUCCCCAAGAAGACCCCCAAGCGUGCCAACACCCUACCUAUUCAGGCCGUUGGCGGUGAGGACGUUCUCAGCUCGUGGUUCACUCCCGGUCUUCGACAUGCCGCCGAGGAGCAGUCCAAGAAGUACAACGACCUCGACAAGUACGGCCCCGUCUACUGGAACGAGCCCGAUGGCCUUCCCAACCUGACAGCUGAGGAGAAAUCGAAGCACUACGCCGACCUCGACCAGUACUCGCAGAGGAUGCCCAUGCGUCGUGAGUUUGACGAUGCUCCGCUGCAGCCUGGGGAGCUCGACGAUAACAACGUCGUCGCCCACUACGCCGAGACUGGCGCCUCCGCCUCUGGCAGGAAGCCUAUGAUGCGUGACUUUGAUGAGCCUACUGAGCAGGCCAACCUCAACCAGUACGCUGCCCCCAUUGGAAGCCGUACCGGAGCCACCGGCUCUGGGUCUUCAUUCUCUUUUGGCAACCUGAACGGCCAAUCUGGUUCAAGCUCCAACGGCACCACUGUUCGACGUGCCUCAAUCACGAGGGAGCACGACGGUCUUCCCGAGCAUGUUCCCUCUAGUUCCAUGAGGCACCUCAACACAGAUUCUUUGAACAAGGCGUAUGAACAGUACCACGAAUUUGAACCUGUCAGCGGCAGCACGUCCCGCCAGUCGAAGAAGUACGACGGAUUCGGUACCAACACAGCUCGUCUCUACAAAGAGGCUUCUGGGCUUGCCGGAUCCCUGGCUGAGGCUGAUGUUCAGGAAUCUGCCUUUGGUGACUUGACGGCCGAGGGUAUUCGCUCCAACGUCCUCAGGCGUGUUCACGAGCGCAGCCAGCAACGUGAGCUCGAAGAGGCCAAGGCUCGGCACCAGUCAGAGUGGGAGCCCGAGGUCCAGCAGGUUAUGGGUGAAAUCGAUGGUGAGGCCGGCGAAUUUCAUGCCGGCGACUUCCACAGGCUCGACAGCGACCAUGUGAUUCUGUCGCAGGUCCUCAAGGAGUCUCGCGACAUUCGCGGUCUCGGAGCUGACAAGAUCACGUUCCCCAGGGACCAGGCCAAGGACAUGCAUAGCUCCGAUAUCCCCCUGAACGCCCGCGUCCAGGCCGAGAACAACAAGCUUUCGGGAAUGAACAAGGGCUACCACUCUGAGUGGCAGCCUGAGAUCAACACGGCCCUCGAGAAGAUCAAGCUUCAGCCCCGUCCCGACGGCGACCGCGAUGCCUUCACGCGCUUCACCCUCGAGAACAUCCAGAAGGACAAGACGACGCCCCUGAAUAAGAUUGCUGACCCCGUCAACAAGGUACCCCUUGCUGCCAAGGUUGCCGGUCAGGAGCAAAAGUACCAUGAGGCCGGUGACAAGUACCGUUCACAGUGGGACCCCGUGACGAGCAAGGCCACGGAGGAGCUAGCCGAGCAAUACAGCAAACACAGUAAGUCUCCUGUUCGGAGGCUCGAUGAUAUCCGAAUGACAGCCGACCAACAAUCUCAGGACAAUAAAAAUAUUCACGGGCUCGACGCCGCCGAAAAGCACCACCGUUCCCAGUGGAAGCCGGUGAUGAAGGAAGCCCACGACCAACUCGAAGAAAAUAAGGACCCUACCCUCCAGACACUCACCGGCAGCUAUGUGCGGGAUUUCCCCGAGGAAUUUUCGACUUCGUGGAGCGCCGACAAGGAUGCUGUCCUCCGGCCCACCACCAAGGCUACUAAUGACACCAUUCAAGAGCCCGACCUCAGCUCAAUGGACGAGAGUUUUCCCUACCACACAUCUACCAGCAGGCUGGAGCCUUCUCUUAGCCGCAUUCCCAAGGCCGGGAAUGGCCAGACGGAUGCAAAGACACCGCCCCCUCCGCAACAGGAUAGCCAGCAGACUCGCCAACGGACCGGUCAGCCCCAGCUCCGCACUUAUAAGGUCCUCGCCUACCACGCCCCAACGGACUCGGUACAGAUGGCCGAGGCGCUUUCUACGGCGGAAGAGGAACCCUCGAAGUCGCCAGCAGACAUCAUCAGUCAGUUGGCGCACCCGGCCAAGUUCUUUCCAUAUUUCUCAACUCUCCGAGCUGAGGGCUACGAGAUGGUAUCUGGCAACAACCAGAUGCUUGUAUUUCGUCAGACAACACCGCAAGUGAUUGAGCCGUCGCCGAAGAUGAAGAAGAGAAGCCUGGGCGGCAAGGUGGUUAGAGGCACAGUGUAUGUAGCGGGAUCCGCCUAUGCUGUGGGGGUUAUUGCUGAAUAUUUUUCAACAGGAGGACAAUCUACUAGGCCGUCGCCCUUUCAAUAG